AUGCUGGAACUGACACUAUUCGGCAAGGUAUAUGGUGCCAUUUAAUGUUGAUUCUUUCCAAUAAACGAACCAUCUAACAUUGUACGGCCCAAGCACGAGGUAAGUUUUACGUGGGCAAAAGUGCCUCUUUUGGAGUUUUAAACUUACGAGGAUUCGCAGCCAAUAAUCGGUGAUGUGGAGAUAAGACAUAAUUUCGCCAGGAAAUAAGUUAGCAUGCCACCUUGACGCCGAAAUCAGAUUAUCAUGUUAACCCCAGGUUUUUAACUGAUUGGAAUUUUGUCGUUUAGAAUAAAAGCGAGGUUUAUUGGUUGCUGACUGUCAGUAAAAAUGCUAAUUGCUUUCGGUCUAUCGGUUAGCCGGAUUUAUAAGAAGAGUUGUUGUGUCAAUCGGGUAGGUGUCUGGUUUCAUGCAUGGAGCGAAUAUGCGAGUCCAAGGUUCAUGUGGCAAAGAAGAUAAACGCGCGAUCACUGGGACAGUACACGUAUUAGUCUGAGCUUUCGGUCUCAUACAGGAGGCCAUCGCCCGAGACUGAGAAUGCUGUCAGCUUAGCAGUUAUUGUAGGUUUCUAGUUUGUUCAAAUACCGAGAGAACAAAAUCCUAUUUUAAGUUCAUCGCCUGCCUCGACACUUUCCUACUUUAAGGUUUGUGGGUGGAAGUAUUAGUGGAAACACGAGCUCUUUCCAAGCCGACAGCUUAGAGUAUUAAGCUUGUGCGCAACGAAAGAGCAGAUAAAUUGUUUCGGCUGAAGCAGGUGUCCUCGCCUUGCACACGCUGGAACUGACACUAUUUGGCAAGGUAUUUGGUGCCGUUUAAUAUUGAUUCUUUCUAAAAAGCGAGCUAUCGACAUAGUGCACGGCCUGGGUAAAUUGUAUGUGGACAGAAGUCUCACUUUUCGGGUUUUUAAGUUACUAGAAUUCACAGCCAAUAGUCAGUAAUGUGGAGAGAAGUUUCCAAUGUAAACGCGAAUAUAUCUAGUGGGUGUUGUACAUGUGCAAGUCGACUGUGGCGUGCCGGAGCGCUUGGAUUAGAUCAGUUUGUGCCCUUCCGGGUCGUCCAGAGUACUGUUUUUGUCAAGAACUACUGCCCCACUCAGCAGCAAUAAACAUUAUUCAGAAUGAAAAGGGUGUUUAGUGGUCUCAGACUAUUAGUAAAAAAUACUUAUUGAAUUUCAUCUGUCAGCCGAUCUUAAAAGUAGAUUUGUCGUGUCAGUUAGGUAGGUUUCUAGUUUGUGCGUCUUCUUGUUCGUAUACCAAGAGAAUAAAGUUUUUCUGCCUUAAGGUCACGCGUGUCUCGACGUUUUUCUACGUCAAGGUUUGUAGGUGGAAGUAUUAGUGGCCACACGAGCUCUUUCCAAGCCGACAGCUUAGAGUAUUAAGCUUGUGUGCAACGAAAGAGCAGAUAAAUUGUUUCGGCUGCAGCAGGUGUCCUCGCCUUGCACACGCUGGAACUGACACUUCGCUUUAUUUGGCGGGCCAUUCGCCGCUGUUUGACGUUAAGUGUUUACCGUUGUGACCAGACUGUAAAUACUGACGUUCACUUUAUUCGGUUUUUCAGACAACGGGGACAAAAACGACCCAUUUUAAACCCGACGGCUUUUACAACAGUAGAUGUGAUGUUAACUCCAGGACGGUCUCUGUUUGUUUAGGAAUCUAUUACUACAAUCCUGAACGACUUCAAGCUUAAUCGUAGCGGUUUAAACCAUCCAGCAGCGCCUAAAAUCUUUGUUUCUCACUUAGUCGGAUGUCGGGCUGACCGGCACUUUUAGGUGUCUUGCUUUGUAUUCGGUUUGUAAGUCGGAAAUAAACGCUUUACUGCUAUUACCUGGCAGUUGGUGACCUCACCGCUUAAGUGACUACGCAAAUCCAUUUACGAGCCUCAUUCAAACUUCUGCUUCUCACCCCUCUCAGUUGUCCGCGUUGAAUCUUUCCAACAAUCGUCUGAAUCAUCUCCAGUCGUUUGCUGACAUCGCCGCCAAGGCAGGACCAGUGGCCUUCUCGGUGGAGCGCAUUGAUUUAAGUGGAAACUUCUUCCACCAUCCAAACAACCUCCAGCCGCUGCAAUUUAUACCUGGCCUUACGUCAUUGGACGUCACGGAAACUCCCCUCGGGGGUAAACUUCAGAACCCAGCUCAGGCCAAGGCGCUUCAAGCGUAAGUCACAGUUCUAGUAAUUUCACCUUCAUCCUAGAGCCGUCCAGUCCCUCCAGGAAUAGAGCUAUAAUCUCAGGGGAGGUGGCAUACACAAAUGGCAUAGCAUUAGUGUAAAGGUGUUGACGCAGUGGGGAAAAAAGACCCUUAGUUUAAGAUCGUUGCAGUGGACCGGAAGGUCGUGACAAAUGAGCACCGUUUUCACCAAUAAAUUUAACGCGUCUUCGAGCUCUAACAUGCAGCCCCCUUCAUGCAAUUUUCUUUUUACGUGGCUCCAAUAGCAUUUAUUGCAUUUGCCUUCCAGUCGUAGCGUCAAAAAAGUUGACCAUUUUGUUCAAUGCGUCAUAUAAGGGGAGCUGUACGCAGGACUUUCCAGUCUCUGAAGAUGGGUAGACGGGUCAACUACUUGAAACGUCGGACCUCCAAUAAACCCCUCCCGGUGAACGCCUCUUCUUUUGAAGAUGGGAGUCAUUGUGACUAAAGAUGAAAUUUCUGCCUAAGGAGUCUAAAUCAGCGUCCACGUCUACCAGUGUGCUACGAUGGCCAGUAAGACGCUUAAGAUUCUUCCAAAUUUCAGCGGAUGAAAGAGAAAAAGAAAGGGAAGAAGUGGCAAAAAGGUGACUAACAAACAAGUCAUUUAGUCUGGCAAUCUCUGCUUUUAUUAAAACGGCAACGUCCUGAAGGCUGUCACUCAAGCCUAGCUUGUAAAGGAGUUCUUUUUUUAGGCAGGGGGAAGAAAUUCUAUCCGGUCGUACCAUAACAGUAUCAAAAGGGCAGCAAAUAUCGAAAAUUUCAUUUAAAAACGCUGUCAGGUUGGAAGAACAGGAUUAAACAUUAGAAUGUUCAAGGAAAGUGGGAUAGUAAGAGAAAUGCAAGUCUGAAGCAUGAGAAUGUUUUGGGCGGACGUGUUGCGAACCUUAACCUUUCUCUCGGGCUUGGCAAGCAGUGCACAUUUUGAAGUGGAAUAGAUUUUUGGAAGACACAAUAAAGUGGAAUGAUCAGAACCUGACAACGGAGCCCUGUUUUUUACGUAAAAAAGCUUGUUGUGGUUAGUCAGAAUAUGAUCAAGAGGGGCAUCUGCGCGAGUAUUAAAGGAGACAAGAUCAUCGAAGUGUAAGGGGACGCAAAUUCACGCGAUUAAAAUCACCGCAUAAGAGAGCAAGAUAGUCGCAGGACAAUAUAGCAACUUUUAGUGAAAAGAAGUCGAAAAAAUGGGUAAGGGCACCUUCACACGAAGAGGGGGGAACGUAAAUACUAACAAGUACACUGCCUUUGAAAUUACUUAACAAACGGGGCUUACAUAGAACAGCGAUGACAUCUAUCAAGUCAGCAGAGUAAGAAAAUAGGGACCUUCAGUCUAUACACCAAUUUUGAUUAACAAAAUUGACAACGCCUCCACCUCUGCCACAAAAUAUUUUCUAUCCGUACGAAAGCGGUAGAAAGAUGGAGGAGUAAUAAGUUGCGAAUCAAUGUCACCAUUUAACCAUCUCUUUUGAAGGCAAGCCACUUCAGUUCUACUGUGUUCUUUUUUUCGACAAGAAACCUGGAAUUGACAAUUUGUUCCUCGACUGCAGCUUGAAUGCGUGUUGCUAGCCACACCGGUUUUUUCCUAUGCAUAGGCCUUUGUUGACGCAAAUUUGAUAAAUUUAGCACGGAACAAUCGCAAAUGCGACAUAUUGGCCGAAAAGUGCAGCAGUUUGCAUCAUGGACAUUCUUUAGUGAAAUGGACUUUAAUUCCCUUCAAAAGGGUGCUAGCGAACUGUAGAGAUGGCCUCAUAAUCUUAGUUCAGACAAACAAGGGAUGCAAAACAGUUUAAUAUACCGAAGGUAGGUAGGCACAGUAAUGUACAGUUUAUAAAAACCACACGUGAAUGGAGAGCUACAAAAAAUGGCCGCUCAAAUUCAAAAGCCCGCCCAACGAUUUGGUCCAGCGAUGGGUCCAUGUUCGCGCAAUUUCCUUUUCACUGUACUCCAAUAUGCUUCUAUAGCGUUGGUAUUCUUCUUCGUGGUCGGAUCCACAAAAUUGGCGGAGUGAUUUACCGUCGUAUGGCGUAUGAGCCGAUGACCCAGUAAUGCCUACACAGCCGUCCAGCAUUGUAUUUCCUACGGCUGACCAUCGUUUUAUCAAUCUGAACUUCAAUUCCAGGGCCGCUAAGUUGUCGUGUUUCCCACAGUGGCGCCGUUGAGUAGACGUCCUGACAGGCCCAGUACCAGCCGUCGACUGUGUUAUGCCCAACCUCGACCUACUGCUCGCACUGUUUCACCCUAUCUACUCUCACGAAGACGAGCAGCAUUUUCGUAAUCUUCGUUUAUGUGAGACGGCUACUCUCAAACAGCGAGCCACUUUGAAGUGACUUUCUUCGCCGACGUCGGCUGCAUUGAAAGACCAUACCAUCAAAGCGCAGUCUCUGCAAAUGCCUCUUCUGACGAUGCGUUUCCACGGGCAUUUCGAUCGCUCUUCCUGUGUUGUCCACUGUUGGUCGUGCAUCGGCUUGAGGGUGCCUAAGUUUGGCAAUGGCGGACUAGGUCAUAGGCGUUCUACGAUAAGAAUGUAUAACUUUUUCAAAUUCUUCGAGUGUACUGCUUGCUUUUUUAGAAAAAAUAAUUCAUGUUUAACUGACAUUGGUCUGGCUGACUUUCAAUUAAAUGUCACAUCUACCCCAGUUAUAGGUUUGCGUACGUGUUCAUUUGGCAUAUCUUACAUUUGUUGGCCUCUUGGGCGGCUUGGUUGUGUCACGCUACAAUGUAGCAGUAUGUCGUGUCGUUGGGUCAGCGUUCCGACCUCUUAUGGGGUUCACCAGCGCCAUCCUUCCUUGGAAUUCCUUUGACCAUCUCGUUUCCCUGAUCUCGGAGCCCGGCACAUUUCAUGUACAGGUGCUAUACUUAGCCACCUUUAGUAUAUAGUUUCUCUGACGCAGUCCAAUCGAACAGGAAGUUUGGUAGUGGUUGCCCAUCUAAAACAGCCACGGAAUGCAGUUGUUUCCCCUCUACCGAAACUUAGCUUGUUGCCAAAGAAGCCAUUCAGGAGCCAGUAUGCAAACAGCGUACGAUCCGAAACCCUGAGCACUAACAACUGCUGUAAUGGUGGUUUCUGCAGUUUUUGUUUAGUGACCAGUUCAACAACACAUUUUGUCGGCAUUUCGGAACUCUACCUUCCGCUUCCACUAACUUGCCCAUUUUGUUAGCUUUUAACCCAGGACUUUCUUGAUCAGCUGAUGUGUCUGUGUGCCUCGUCAGCUGCUUCUCAUGGGCGACUAUAACCGGCAACUUCCUGUCUAUUUUCGUCUUUGUUUGUGGUCUUGUCAUAAUCCCUUCACUGAUUUCGUUUGACAAUGGACUCCUUGGACGUCUUCGAUACGGACAGACGAAUCCUUCACUUCGUGCCCGCUUUGAAGACCCUCGUAAGUUACUUAUCUUUUGACCCUGCAUUGUGCUUUCCCUGAUUUAAUGGUAUUCCCUUCUUCCAUAUGCUGAUCUCGAAAACCGGAAGUUUAGAUGAGCUUUACCUUUAAAUUGCGUUGCCUAUGCUUGUGGAUGUACUUCAGGAUGCGUCGUUGCGUCGUCUAUCUCUUUGCAUGGGUUCUUCGGUAUUCCAAAUGAGGCGUAUAAGUUAAAAUACACGUUUAGGUGUGUAUAUACAAUAAUAUUGACAAAAUAUGGAUUAAAAGGAAAACAUACAAAUCUCAACAGUGGAUACCCUUGCCAAAGAAUUCCAUAGUCAAUAUUCUAACGAACCGGGUUUUCAACACCAGUUUAGACUAGGAAUCCACCCCUACCACAGCGUCAGCUUUGGAAGUGUACGCCCGUCUUGACCUGUAAGCAAAAUCCUAACUUCCUUUUUUAAGAUGCCACCCGUCGUUCUAACAUAUACGGUUAUAACUGGGUCGUCGCGACUCCCUUUGCACCUAUUUAUCACCCCCUAAAGGGCACUCCUCUCGAGACGCACAUUCUUCAUAAACUAAAACACGACCUGCUUUCGGUUCCUCAGAUGCUCGGAGACAUUUCAUGUGCUGUUGAUGGUUUUGAGAGUAUUUCGCCAGAACACGCUCGCCAUCCGACACGUACUGCACACCUCAGUCGUCACUGUUAGACAGCAUCGGACGACUUCGCAUCAACAAUUAGCUGCUCGAAGUGAGUGGCUCCAAGUCGUCACCUCAUGGACGCCAGUCAGUGAGAUACCUUUUGUAAACCAUGUACGAAAUUGGCACCCCACGGGCCAGUGGACCGCCUGGCUGAAUUCGACCUUGGCGAGAGCUUACUUACCAACUGCCGAAUAACGAGAGCGGGUCACACUGUGCAGACCUGGCGAUGGACAGUGAUCGCGAGUGGACGACGGGAUUUUUAAAACACAUGAGCUAAGAGAUAAAGUAGUAUCAGUUGGACAAGUGGAAUACGAGGGAUGUAUUCAGUGAGUUUAUGGGACAUGCUAUCAACGUGAGGGCCGGAAAAGAAUAUAAAAUCGGUGCUGAUGAUGACGGUGUACGUCAGCAACAGUAAGUAUCCGUCGCGUUCGGCGUUCGAGUGAAAAGAACAGGUUCGUGCGACAGGAACUACCCACUCCGAAAGCUGUGUUGGGCAUCGGGGAGACGGUGAUGUUGCUCAAGGAACUGUAUCAACGCUUUCUUAGUGAUCGUCUCCAUGAUUUUACAGCAGAUGGAGGCAAGACUCACUCGCAGACACCCGACUUCCACCCUUAAAAAGAUGAGCGAUUGUAGCGGGCCUCCAAUCAGAGGGUAGGCACCCAGUAGCAAAUGACGUUUGGAAGAGCAAGGCUAACGGUUUGGGCAUUUCGGGGCUACCUCCUUUAGCAGCUUGGCCGGGAUUGCAUCAGGGCCUGGGAAGGUCGAUUCCCUCAGGUUUAACAACUCUGUCUGAACGAUUGCUUCGGCGAAAAAGACCGUUUCAAUGGUACGCGUUUCUUCGUCCUCACAAGUGGGGGAGAAAAAAUCGGGUUGACUUGUCGCGACGAACUGAGAGUACCGAGAGAGAUGUUCAGCCUUAUCCUUGUUAUCUAAGAUUUCCGCACCUUCGGCUGUUCGCAGCAGUGGGAGGGCAUCUUUGUUCCGCGCGCUCUGCCUUAUAUAACUGUAAAUGACUUUUUUAGAGUUGCGAAAAUUCCCAUUGUAAAAUUCAAAAGACAUUUUGGCGAGCAUACGUCUGCUUUCGAUAAAUUCUCUUCAGGCCUGUGCAUUUAUAUGGCUAUUGAAGUAAUGAAUUAAAAGAUACGGGCAAGUAGAUAAUUAAGCUGUAGCUCGGGUUUGGAGAGGGGAGGGGGAGAGUGAAACACCACAAUUCCAGUCGGCGCCCCGGAGAAGGUGGUUCCCGGCGAAGGUAAUUACAUGCGGGUGGUUGGCUUGGUGGCUUUGACACAUGGUAACUGUGGGACCUGUACGAAGUUCUUCUGUGCGCAUAGGACCGGUCGGCGUAGCCUGAUUGCAGCCGCCUCUGCCGUAGCCAACAAGCGCUGUCCAAGCAGUUUUGGAUAACUUGAUGGGACCUUGUAAAUCACUCUGAAGGCCUCUCUGGCGUCUACACGGUGGUCUGUGUCUACCAUGUGCGCGAGGAUCGAGCUGUUGAUAUUUGUCCCUUUCCUAACCAUGCUGGGAGGUGUUCUUUCAUUCUUUCGGAUAACCGCCGGCUCGAGCGACCAAUAUAUUCUGCCCCACAGGAGCAGGUGAAAGAAAUAAUGCACAUAGGGGUGGUCUGAGCUGGUAGUUUGUUCUUGCCCUCUCCGUAUAGGAUGGGACUGGUGGAGAACAGUACACGGGUGUCAGCUGCUGGAAAGGUCUGUGAGACAGCUUGGGUAAGGCGUCUUCCUAAGAGCUCACUUUAUGCAUCCCCUUAGAAUGGGACCCUGAUAAAAAGCCUUUUCUUUAUUGCCGUCAGUAUCGGGGGCUUUUGCGGUCUUUCGGCCAUGUUCUUAGCAAUGAAUCGAUCAGGAUACCCGUUUUGGCAAAAGAGGCUUUUGAUGAUCUUCAGCUCUUUCUCAAUGCUAUCAGCUGAACAGAUUCUUCUUACUCUUUCUGCCAAACACCGGACUAAAUUACGUUUAACGUUUAGCGGUACGAAACUCCCAAAAUGAGUGAAUUGUCCGGACCACGUUUUCUUGCGAUAGACGCUGCGUCGAAUGCUGCCGUCAGGUCUUCUACUCAGAAGCACAUCCAGAAAGGGAAGUGAACCGGACUGUUCUUCUUCCAGAGUGAAUUUUAUUGAUGGGUGCGCCUGAUUUAUGUCAUCCAGUAGAAUUGAGAUGUCGGUUAGUUUCGGUGCAAUCGCGAAUAUAUCAUCCACGUAUCGCCCAUAGUAUCUUAGACCGUUGAUCUGGUGACGUAGCUGGAAAGCUUCUAACCUUCCCAUGAAUAUAUUCGCCAAAAGUGGGCCAAGGGGUGAGCCCAUUGCUACGCCGUCCAUCUGCCUAUAUAGAUUGUUGUCGAAUAGAAACUGCACGUUCAAGGUACACCUCAAUAACAAUUCCUUGAGGGCAUUCACUGGCAUUCCUAUAUCAUGUUGAUUGUCGGUAAUGAAAUCACAAAGGUAGUUGACCGUUUCCGUUACCGGUACGUUCGUAAAAAGGGACGAGACAUCUAAUGAAAACAUGACCAUUUCGUUCAGAUAGAAGUCUUUCACGCCGUUAAUGAAUUCAAAAGUAUCUCGAUAGCUAUGUGGCGCCAGUUGAUACUGCAGAGGCUUAAGUUUCUUCGCCAGCCAUUUCGCCAUUAUAGCGAGUUCCUCAUAUCGAGGAUUGGACGAACCCUUACGCCAUCUUUGUGGAUCUUCGGCAAACCAUAUAAUCGAGGUAUAUGCGUACGGACGGGUCGGAGGCGCCCUACGUCGUGUUCGCUCAUGCAACAAUCCGCCUGAAGUCUUUUCAAGCAGUCAGUCAGUUGUGCUUCAAUCUCAUCUGUACGAUCCUCCUCCUCUGUCUUUCGAAACUUUUCCUGAUCCGACAGAAUUGACUGUAUGUUCGUAAUAUAGUCUACCCUGUCCAUCAAAACAACGCCGGUUCCCUUAUCUGGCCUAGUUAUCAGAACGUCUCUGUUCUGCCGGAGCUGCUUUAACUUCUCAAUGUGUGACUUCGUCAGCAAGCCCCGAUAUGUCUGACGACUGUUCAGGUAUUGAUAAGAGCAAUUGACUAACGUAGACUUAAGAUGUUGUACGCUCUCUGUCGAAACUGGCUGAAGGCCAUGUGUUUGAUUCAAGAGGUUCUCGAAUUGCGUCUCUACCUCUAGCUGGUUGGGUUUCUGGCGAGGACAGCAAAACUUAGGACCCAACGAUAAGGCUUCAAUCGAUGUUUUAUCGAGAGAUAUGGACGAAUAAUUGUAUACGUACCCACUUGGAUCCGCAGGAAUCUUAGAUUGUGGUUUGCCCUCAUGAAUACUCCGAAGAAGGGAGGCCCUCUUGAUUUCUCCACGUUUGUCUUUGGAACUAACUAUGGCGUGGUUUAAAAGAUCCUUUUCGAAGACUUGCCUAUAUUUGGCAAUGGAAAUUUUGACCCGGUUUCUCUGCAACUGUAACUGUUUAAGGAUUCAGGCGUCCGAUCAAUGAGGGUCUUUUUCCAUGGUUUCCUCUCAUUAAUUUCCUUAAGGACGGAGUCAACCUAUGGGGUCUAUUCGUAAGUAUUCUGCGCAUGAUUGGGCAGUGGUUGGAGAUGAGGCUGUGGACUAUCUCUUUGAACUAACACCAACUCUCUCCAGUAUCGCCAGAGUGUGGAUUCCCAAUCGAUAUGACGAAGAUCCCUUUUCAUCUGUUCGAAAUAGCCAAACAGAAAAUGACGCCCUAGCAUCGUGUUUGACCUGCUCCGCAGUAACACAAAGCUGUAAAUGCACGUUGAAGAGUUCUUCGUGAUGAAGAAUGGGAUCAGUGGGGAAAAUUAGUCUUAUCCUUACUUUUCGGUACGCGCGCGGAAUAGUAGGGUUCAGACGACGCAGGAGUUCUCUGCUUAACCUUAUUUGCUGGGUCAGUAGGUUUUAUGCGCAUCUGUGAUUUGGUUGUAGAACGGCGCGCCUGUCCGAUCUUCGGUGGAGUUUGCCGUCGAACGCGAACGUCCUUCUGGAAAUCCCGUGAAUCGGGUUCCACUGCCAGCCUCUAUACAGGGCUACUUCCCCAACGACGAGGUCAAACUUCCACUCCUGAGCUUUUUGAAAGAGUACGUUUUCUUAUUGUCCGUUUGUAGGCUCAUAUUUUGCUUUUCUGGCCCGUGAAUGCCAUCGUGCGCCUUAUUGGCAUUUCCCUUCCCUCAUUGGAUGUUUUGACUCAUUGAUGGGUACCGGGAGUUUUACCUAGGUUACUGGGCUUGCUCUUACCGCCGUUUCAUUUUUCAGGUACUUUGCAAGGUACGACUGCUCGCCCCGUGGCACCAAUUUGAUUUCCUACUACACCCCAGCAUCCAUUCUUACCUGCUCUCUUAAUGGGACCUCCCACGGUUCCAAUCGGGGCGUAAUGGAAACCAUUGAGGUUUGCAGUGGUGAUGGUGAACCCCAGAAGAAGAUGGUGCUCAUGACUGGACACCUGGACGACUCCUACUUCAAGAAUAAUCGCAACAUCCUACGAUGCCGAGAUGAAGGCCGACGUAAAGAGCUGGUCUCCGUCGGGACUGUGUCUAUUUGCUCCGCCCUGGAACGAUUUCCCGCCACCGAACAUCUCUUGGAGUCCUUCUCUAUUGAUGUGAUCUUUCACUCGGUCAGUUCCGUUGCGCCCUCUGUCGCUAUCGAGCUAGCUAACCAGCACUACUCGUUGUCUAAUGCUCCUCUUUUUGUUAGGCAAAUCAAAUGCUUUUCAACGUUACUGGGGUGUUCUAUGAAGUGAAGCAGCCGGCGAACGCGAAUUCAGGCCUUCGCAAGGUACUCCGCUGCUUUGCCCGUACGAUGGUUCUCGUGGCGCCUGGUGGACACAUUCUCCAGGACGACCUCAUCAUUUCCAAUCCCCCCGACUCUCUCGUCCAGGUAGGCUGAACUGAGCGUCACUCAGCUCAAGACUAACCUAUUUCUAUGCAAAAUGGGUCUUCUUGAAUACCUAGUAAACGCUAUUAAACUGAUAUAGUACUGAGCAUUAGCUGAUCCCUUGGAGUCCCGGUAAUAUCUCCUAUAACUUCGUUUUCUUCUAAAAUCCAGCGGUACAUUCGCGACGUGAAGAAGCAGUCACUCCUCAAUGCAGUGUCUGUUCCUCCCCCACCCUCGGCACCCUCUGGCUCCUUCAUCAGCACCGGCCCCAAUGCAAACCUUGCGGAUCGAGAUGUUGUGCUGGCAGAAUUUCGACGUCAAACGGGCAUGAACGCUACGUACGCUCGUCAGUGCCUCGAGGAAUUUGGUUGGAAUUUCGAAACCGCCCUUAACAGUUUCCAGAUCGCACACAGUGCGAACAAAAUUCCCCCCUCAGCUUUUGUUCCAGAGUAG